UUGCCAACACAAUACACUUCCAAAUGAACAACUUUUGGCCAUAACUAAGUCUGGUCAUAGCUAUUAUUUACCUGCUUAUCUACUAAAAGAAGCCAAAGAAGAAAGAAAGGGGCGAUUUGUCCACAAAGUAUAAGAAAAGAUGGCAUUUGUCCAGAAUGUGUCUUUGAAAGAAAUUGCUGAUCUCUGUGACACAUUGGGUCUCCUUGUGGAUAGAAUGAUGGAACCAAAUUCUCUGGCGAUGGUGGUGGGAAUAACAAAAAAUGUGAUAUUCUCUAAAUUGGCAUCUAAAGUUCUAUCCGAAGUGGAAUUGCAACAUCCCAUUCAAAAAAUCAUCCAUAAUGCAGCCUUCCUGUACACUGUAGAGACCGGUGAUGAUAGUAAAGUGUUUCUGUUAUUGUUCAAAGGAAUUAUGAAUGGCAUAGAAGAUAUGUUAAGAGACUCAAAUGAAAUAGAAGUGAGAAGAACAAUAUUAAAACAAAUAGCAUUCUUUAAAUCAUUUAUACCUGAUAUAUUCAGAAACAUUCUAAAUACUUAUGCUCUAUUUUCAUAUGUCAAUUUUUGUUCUCCUCCCAAAGAACUGGAGGGUCUAAUUUUGACAUUCUUUGAUUCAAAAUUUUCUGCAAACAUUUCAAAAAAAUUAUCCAGUCUGAUAUAUUCUUUUCUUUCCCAUAGUAUUUCUAAUUCCAGUCAAGCAAUACAUGCUCUUGAGUAUUUUAUAUCAAAUUUUGAUGCUUUUUGUACAAAAGCCAUUGCCCCUUUAUCAGAAUCAAGGAUCUUAGAAGGAUUUCUUCUUCACAAAAAAUUGUCGCCACUUUUUAAACAUAAUAAAUUGGUUUAUUUUCUGGUGAUUUUAAAUCUGCCUUGCAAGUCAGAUGAUGCAAUUUGGACAACAAAUGGUGACUCUUUUUCAGAAAAAAUGGAGCAUUUAUGGGACAAUGUAGAUAAGAUAUUGAAACAGUUAAAACAUUUUGAAAUUUCUUUGAUCCUGACUGAAAAUGGAGUUAGUAUUGAUUUUGAAUCCCUCUGUUUGCAGAAUGAUAUAUUAAUUAUUAGUAGAGUAUCAAAAGAAGAUAUUGAGAACAUACUUCAUCUACUUAAUAUUUCUCCAUUGAACAAUCUGCAUGAUUCUGUUGAUCCAAAAAAUAUUGGUUAUCUUGAAUCACUUACAUCACAUGUUGUGAGUGGUACUUCAUUCACUCAUUUAAAGGCUUUUGUGAAUAACCAUGUAUAUCUUGUACCUCAUCACAUUUUACUGUGUGCUCCUUUGGAAGAAGUUCUAAAGGAUUAUUACUCAGAGUGCCUAAAUUGUUUAAAAGCUGUAAAACAGUGGCUACAACCUAACAAUAAGCAAUUUUUUCAUGAAGAAAAAAUACAAAAUCAUUUUGAGAAGGAUUGCAAUUGGCUGUUAAAUUAUUCAAAACCUAAUAUGACUUUUGAAAGAAAUUUACAUAAUUAUGCUUCAGGGAUUGCAUUUCCAUUUGGUUUAUUUGAAUUUGCUUUAAGAAAUAUUUUAGUGCAAUUUUAUAGUGAGAAGCUUUUAUCUGUUAAAAAAUUAUGUGAUAUAUUAGAUUCUGCUCUGUUAACAGUUAUACAUAAACUCUGGAAUACUCCCAAGUCAAUGAUAGUGGAAGAAAAAGACUACCUAGAAUUUCAGAAGAAAGUAAAAUGCAAAAUAGAUGUUCCAAUUGAACCAGCAUCAAACAAAGAAAAUCUUCUGCUAAGGGUCUUACAAUUAGUAGAACAAUUAAUUAAAAUUGAUGCUAUUUUAUCAAUAAAAUGAUUAUAUAAAAAAAUCUGUGAAAAUUAAAAAUCUUUCAUUCAGUUUUGAUCAUUUGUUCAUCAGGAGUAGAUUCACUGUAGCUUACUUUUAAAAAAUUCUGCAUUAAAAUUUUCUCUUCAGAUGAAAUAUGUUGGUUCACUUUUAAACCUGUAGGAACAAAGAUACAAGAAUCAAUUGACUCUUAGUAAAUUUUUUAUACAUUUUAUGCUAACAAUCUUAUUUUUAUGUCAAAUGGAAGUUUUAGUAAUAGUUGAUUAAUUACUUUGUAUGCCUCUAAAUAAGUUCGAAAUUCUCUUUUUUAAAUUCAAGUUUAAAAAUAAUACGUAAAUAAAUUUUACAUUCAAUACCAAUAUAUAUAUAUGUAUAUUCAUAUAUAUAUUAUUUUUGACCAAGUAAAAACCUAUUGGGGAAAUCUUUAGUUAUAUUUUACUUUUUGCCUUUAAUUAUGGAAAUAAAAAAUACUAAUUUUGAUUAUAGAAAUAACAAACUGAUUAGUUUUUAAUUGAUACUACAUAUGUUCCCUUUUUGUUCCUCUUACUUUUUAUAUGAAAUACAAAAAUUCUGAAAUCAACUAAUUUCUUUGUUUUCUUAAAAAAAAAAUACUCAUACUAAAUAAAAUUUAUAUAUAUUUUUAAAAAAAUUAGAUCUCUUAUAUGCAAAAUACCUCAUGAAUUGUUUCAUAAAAAGAAUAAUUUAAAUUUUAAAAAUAUAAUUUAAAUUUUAAAAAAAAUUCUGCAAUAAAUAUUUAUUAAAGACCGGAAAUGGAUUUUUUUUAAAAGCACUUUACUUGCCAUUGAGUCAUAUGUUAUGCUUAGGUGCUGUUUUACAAAUCCUUUUCAAAAAUUACCUUUAAAUUAAGUUUUGCUUCAGAUUUCUUGUAGUGAAUAUUAUUUAAUUUUGUGCUUUCAUUUAAUUAAUUAGAAUCAUACACUGAAUUUGAUAAAUUGAAUUUUUUAAAUUAUUAAUGUUAUUUAAUAAUUUUGCUAAUUUUUGUUUUCUUGAUUUUAUUAUUCUAAAAGAAUAUACUGUUGUAUAAUUUUUUAAAAAUUUUUUAAUUUUAUGAUGUAGUAUUAAGAUUAUGUUAAAAAAUUUGCCUUUUUUAUAAUUUUCUUUAAAGAUUUAAUUGUAAAUUCUUAUAGGAAAAUACUAAGACCAACUCUUUGUGAAAUGAACUCAGAUUGACCCAUUUUACUUUCUCAGUUUAUCAAAUUUUACUAAUUAAAAUUAACUUAUAUAGAGAUUAAAUUAAAUCAUUUUCUAAUUUUGGAAGUUGUGAGGGGGGGAGUAGGCUUGAAUUGCUCCUAGAGACAUUAAUCUGGCCCCUACCCAGCUUUAAUUUUUUUAAAUAUAAAAGAGAAAAUAAAAAAAAUAAAAUUUUAACAACUUAUCAUUGGUUUUAAAAAAAAAACCAUAAGUUUGUUUAAUAAAAUAUUUAAAAGUGUUAAAAAUUAUCAGAAACAGUUGAAAUUUUAAACAAAAAUUAAUUAAAUCUACAAAAUUGUUUACAAUGUGUGUGUGUGUGUAUUUUUAAAAUUCCUAAAAAAAUAUACUAUGCUUAUUUAUUUUUGAUACUAAAAUAAUGAAAAUUGUACAUUAUAUAUUUCUGCUUAGCACACUUUUUGCCAGGAAUUUUCUU